GCCUGACACUUACAUAAUACCGAUAAUUACUACCUAACCUAACCUUCUGUCCUUUGUCAUACCAUCCCCCCAUACUCCACCCAACCGUCUAACCCAUCUUUGGACUUUCUUCCUUUUCAAAGAGGAAUAUCGCCGACAGCCAAGAGAAGGAAAAAAUAAACAAACACUUAGCCUUUACAUACUUACAUACCUACUUACCUACUUACCAUACACGUAUACAAUUUAUAUACCAAGAAAAAGACGAAAGAGACACCAUGGCCGAUGAACACAAACCGAAUCCUUCCGUCGACGAGACUCCUAUCUCUCCCACUAACGAGAGGAGGAACUCACUCGAACAGCACCUUCAACACCGCCCUGACCGUUCCGAACUUGUUGAGAAGAACAUCUUGCCUGCUUCAAACGCUGCUCCCGGCCUACAGGAGAAGCAGAGAGAGUUGGAGAGGCACAUGCGUGCCGACUCGCUAAACGAUAAGAUCUCUCACCGACCCGCACCCGAGAAGCUGAUUCAGAACGGUGUACUCCACGAAGACCCUCGAUCGCCUGAACAGAAAUAUGAGGAUGCAAUUGAGGAAGAAUAUGCCAAGCGUGAGGGUGGUGCCUAAGUGAACUCUCCCAGCCCUAGGCAGUGCCAUUGUCUUGCCUAGGUGGUCACGAUGAUUCCGCAGAUAUGAUGGGAUAUACGAGAUACCGCACAAGAUAUAUAUUGUUGUGUAUUUACGUCGUCUCUUUUUGAGAUAUACCGAAAAGGUGGAGAGAGUAGAGGAAGGGGAGAGGGGAGAGAGGAGAGAGAGGGUGAAUAUAGAACUUCAAAUUAUCGCCUCGGCCAAAUUCUCUAGUGGUAAUAUUAGUAGAAUCAGCCAAAUGCUCACCGAGUUGCCUAGGUGCAAGAUUGUCGCUAUGUAGUAUGAUUUAUUUCCCUUGAAAUGUUGCCUUUGUGGACCCUCCAAGAGCAUCGCAGCUAGGAUUUGUGCGGCGCUAUGACGGCUUUGGGGAUCAG